CAGUCAAAAGCCGCGAUACUGAAAGAAACAAGAGUGAGGACAUGGGCGUAUAUUGGUACGGCGUUUGUCAAUUUUUGGAGAGAAGCAGGGUGUCUGAUGCAGCGAAGUGACUUUUCUAGUUCUGGCAAGCGUUAACGCAGCAGCAAACGCAUUUAGUGGGUGUUUAGCGGUGCAGCACCUACUAGAGCCCAAUACAUGCACUAUGCUCCAAGGCAUUCAGAUCUACACCCGCGUAUGUAGUACACUCUUUUCUUUGACCCUCUUCCACAACCAUGUCUCAAUGGCGAGUCACGGCCGAGCAUCCGCUCCGGCAAGUCGAGGGGCUUGACCAUGAACGAUGUGCCGCUCUGCACAAUCUCAUCGUUGAGCGAGGAUGGACGGCAAGCGGUCGCAGCCUCAGCGAUCUCGAUCGCCGGUCGUGGUGGGAGUGCUAUGGCGGCGACGCACAACUCGCACCACACGCUGCGAAGUUGAGCCCUACUGUGAUUGCCUUUCUCAAGGCGGCGUGGCAUGGCUACGUGAUGACGGCGCAGCCCCAGCACGCAUUCUUCAGAUACCUUGCCGGACUCUGCUCGCCGGAGGAUCUUUGGCAAAACACCAACUACGGCGACGACGAAGACGACUCGAACAAGCGGCGCUACGUGACACUCUACAUGGCUAAUUGGGCCCUGGGCGCCAGUCACCCGCUGGGCCUCGUGUUUGAUCAGCAGACGUCCACGGCAAUACAGCACAUAUCCAUUCAUGAUACAAGCGUCACGAUGAAUGGUCGACAGAUCUGGCUGCCCCUCGAGCUCAUUCUUGAAGGCUUCCUCGACAUGAUAGACCAAGGCAAAGCGCUUGCGGUGGACUCGUCCUACGAUGGGGAGCAGGAGAGAAUUGACCCUUGGAUUAUGCCCUCCUAUACGGCUUGUGACUUGGACGAGACUCUCGAAGCUUUUGGCCGACUGAAACGCGCGAUUGAAACUCGUAUGCCUGGAGCUCCUAGCAAUGAACCGCGCCGCCUUAGAGAUGCGGCCGAGUCGAGCACACUCUCCCCAAACAGCUUCGCUGGCCGGUUUUUGGAGCGGGCCCCGGAAAUUCGGUUUGACUACAUCGCGCCUGGUCUUCGCAUAGCCCGUCAGCAGCCAUUCUCUUCAGUUAAUGUUGACCAAAGUCACAUACGGCCCGUAUUGCUGUUCGAAAGCAGCCAAGAGGCUCAUCAAGAUACGGAACGAACGCCAUGGGGAGCAGAGGUCGUCAUAUCGCCCUUCUCGCCGUCCUUUCGGGAUAUAUCGAAUUAUCCUGCUGGUCUUUAUCUGACGGAGACGGAUCCGCACGGCGCACAUCCUUUUGAAGACGGCUGCAAGCUUAUCCUGCCUUAUGCUAUCGGAGAGAAUGGCUGGGCUCGAACUAGCGAUGGCGCACUUUUUGGAGAGAAUAGGCACGCUCAGGGACCAACCGCGAAUCCAGUGCCACGUAGCACAGACCUAUAUCAACUGGGAUUCAAUCACUUUAUCGAAAUUCACGAUGUGCAAUUGAAACAUGUGCUGUCUCACUGGGCAGAUAUGGUGGAGAAAGGAAAGUGGGCAGUUGACGCUGAUGGCGUUGCUGGCGGGAUAGAAAAAUGGCGGGAGGCUGACACAGAAGAUCAUUGGCAAGACUAUCAAUUACCAAUGUCUUGGUAGAUUCAUACAUUCAAAUCAGCCAUCAUUAUCUGGCAGAGCUGUUAUUUUUUAUUCAUUUCAACAUCCUACUCAGCUCAGUCCGUUAUGCCUGUCUCUACGAAGACGAACAAGAACUAGAAUAGGCCGUUUGACAAUUCGCCUUUGCACAAUAGUCCGAAGUGCUCCCACAAUAGCCACUUGUGCUGCAGCAGCCUCCAAACUGAGAGUCGGCACAGGUAUAAUUGCCCGUCUGAGCUGUACUGCAGAGCCCGUUGGGGCUAACGGCACUACCUGUCGUGCUACACGCACCGGAAUAACAGUUCCCAACACCGCAAUAUGCUGAG